UGGCAGCUAUUACGGUUGUAUCUACUCCUUCCAAACUUCUCACCCAACACCAAAAUUUUCAUUUCAUUAUUUCAUCACAUUCAUUCCAAUUUCCAGAUCCAUCUAUUGUUUUCCCAUUUUCUUUUUUCUUAUGUAAAUUAAUUGCUUCCCCCCUUGAUAAAUAAGUACCAUAAUCUCUCCACACUAACACAAUCAUUAAUUAAUUUGAUUUGAUGGCACAGCCCAAUUCCGGCACCUGCAAGUACGUGAAAUUAGUGUACCAUUAUUUCAUGAAGCAUUUCUUAGCAUUGUGCCUAAUCCCUCUCAUUGCCUUCACAUUGCUGAAUAUAUGGGGAGAUUUCGAGAGGUUGUAUCUGGGUCUCAAGUAUAAUCUCGCGAGUGUUUCGAUUUUCUCGGGCGUGGUGGCAUUCGGGUUGAUGGUCGGGUUGAUGACCCGGCCCAGAUCCGUUUACCUAGUGGACUACGCUUGCUACCGCCCGCCCGAUGAGCUCCGGGCCGAGUUCCGCAAGUUCAUGGACCACUCGCGACUCACGGGCGACUUCGACGAGUCGUCGCUCGAGUUCCAAAGGAAGAUUCUAGAACGCUCCGGGCUCGGGGAGGAGACGUACCUCCCCUCGGCCCUCCACCGCAUCCCGCCGCAGCCGUCGAUGUCCGCCGCGCGCGCCGAGGCCGAGCAGGUGAUGUUCGGCGCGCUGGACAGCCUCUUCCGCGGCACCGGCGUCCGGCCGAAGCAGAUCGGGGUUCUGGUGGUGAAUUGCAGCCUUUUUAAUCCGACGCCGUCGCUGUCCGCCAUGAUCGUCAACAAAUACAAGCUCCGCGGCAAUGUGAAGACCUUCAAUUUGGGCGGGAUGGGGUGCAGCGCGGGCUUAAUCGCCGUCGAUCUGGCGAAGGACAUGCUUCAGCUCCACCGCAACACCUACGCCGCCGUGGUGAGCACCGAGAACAUCACGCAGAAUUGGUACUUCGGCAACAAGAAAUCGAUGCUGAUCCCCAAUUGCCUCUUCCGAAUGGGCGCCUCCGCCGUCCUCCUCUCCAAUCGCCGCUCCGAUCGGCGCCGAUCCAAAUACAAAAUCCUCCACGUCGUCCGGACUCACAAAGGCGCCGACGACACCGCCUUCAGAUGCGUGUACCAGGAGCAGGACGACGACAUUAAUCAAAACCCGAAAAUUAGGAAGAUCGGAGUCUCGCUGUCCAAGGAUCUGAUGGCGAUCGCCGGAGACGCGCUGAAAUCGAACAUCACGACGCUGGGGCCGCUGGUGCUGCCGGUGAGCGAGCAGCUGCUGUUUUUCAUGACAUUGAUCGCGAGGAAGAUCGUGAACCCGAAGAUCAGGCCGUACAUACCGGAUUUCAAGAUGGCGUUCGACCACUUCUGCAUCCACGCGGGCGGGCGGGCCGUGAUCGACGAGCUCCAGCGGAGCCUGCGGCUGGAUCCGGUCCACGUGGAGGCGUCGCGGAUGACUCUGCAUAGAUUCGGGAAUACUUCGUCCAGCUCCAUUUGGUACGAGCUGGCGUACAUAGAGGCCAAGGGGCGGGUGAGGAAGGGGCAGCGGGUGUGGCAGAUUGCGUUCGGGAGUGGUUUUAAGUGCAACAGCGCCGUUUGGGAGGCGCUGCGCAAUGUGGGGCCGUCCCCCGAUAGCCCGUGGUUCGACUGUAUUCACCGUUACCCGCUCGACCUGGUCCAGUGACCGGAAGUUCACACAAAUUACUCUAUUUUAAGUUAUGUUUUUUUUUUUUAUAUUCGGACUGUUCCAUCAAAGUCAUAUUUGUAAAAUUUGACGUGUUGAAUAUGUGUGCGGUGUAUGUAAAUGGUUUGCUUUUGGUUAUUGCAAUGGGAUUUAUAAAUUAUAAUGUCAA